UUCUAGGUCGCUGCCAUAAUCGAAUCGAUGCAAUAGGAACGUUACGGCUCAAUUGCUAUGCUCUUGUCAGGCAUUACAAUGGGCGUCCUGACGCCUCAGAGCCACAGACAACAGCAAGUUGUCGACUCUCUGGCUCGCUGCUGAGCUGAACGUAUUUAGCAGCAAAUGAAGGUGCAGCUCGUAGCCAGCGAAGCCGCCAACCAGUAGCAGGUUGGCCAACAAGCGACACAAGCCAGCAGCAGCGGCAGCAACACCUUCAGCUCUCCAGCAACUCCGCAGCCUCAGCCGGCAGCAGCGAGAGAGGCGCAAAAAAAAAGGAAAUUGAAAGAGAAAAAAAAAACAACUUCGCAGCGUUAACCGAAAAUGUUACAAAACUCGAAUGCAACAGCCGCAGCAGCAGCGGCGGCAACAGCGACGCCCAGCACAGCAGCCGCGGCGGCAGCGGCAGCGAACAAUGCAGCGAUAGCCGCGUCAUCGAUACAGCCAAAGCUGGUUGUCAUACGAAGGCGUCAGAAUCAGGGCUUCGGUUUUACGCUGCGUCACUUUAUUGCCUAUCCACCGGAAGAUGAUGCCGCCAGCUGGCCACAGGAAGCGACAAACGCAGUCGGCGGCGGCGGCAACGUUGGCGGCAGCAGCGGCGGUGUCGUCGGCUUGGAGCCAACGUCACCAACGUCGCUGCCGCCAUACCAAGUGAAAGCGAUGGAGACCAUUUUCAUCAAAGAGGUGCACGCGAACGGACCGGCUCACCACGCCAAUCUACAAACGGGCGACCGGGUGCUAAUGGUGAACAACACGCCGAUCGCUGGCAUUGCCUACAGCACAAUUGUGUCGAUGAUCAAGCAGACGCCGUCGGUGCUAACGCUGCACGUUGUGCCCAAGGAGUGUGAUGUGCUGCAAAUGCACUACACGAGCAUUGCCCACACGCCGGAAUCGAAUCGCCUAACGAUGUCCGCACAGGCGCCACAGCAGCCAUCGAUGGGCGCUGGCCACACGACACAUUCGCCGGUGCUGCUGGCAAACGCCGGUGCCGCCGGCAUCAAGUCAACAUUUCCACAGCAACAGUUGAUCUCAUAUCCCGCUGUUGCCGCCAAUACAUCCUCGACAGCAUCCUCUGUGUCGCCAGCAACGCCGCUGCACGGCGGCAGUCGCUCCGGCAGCAUCACUAGCAAUGCCAGCGGCAGUGGACUGCCCACCAACAAUAGUAGCCAUCAUCACCAGCAUCAUCAUCACCAGCAGCAGCAGCAGCAUCCGCAUCCGCAACGUCAUCCGGCGCUUGCAGGCGGCAGCAGCAGCAUCGACUUUGGUGACAUGGCCCAUGGCAUGCGUCAGCAUCAGCAUCAGCAUCAGCAGCAGCAGCAGCUAUACCACCAUCAACAGCAACAUCAUCAUCAUCAUCAGCAGCAGCUGCUGUCGAGCAGCUUUAUGCGGUAAGUGUAAACUAUUUCAACUUACCUGGGC